CCUAAUUCGACAGCGAUGCCAACCAUUUGUCGUUUUGACGUUAGUUGUUAGUUAACGCAGCACGUCAUUUUGCUCAUUUUUUCCUUUUGAAAAAAAUUCUAACCGUGCAGGACACUUUUUUCUAAAAUCUUGUAAGAAAUAAAUAAAACUAAGUGUGUUUGCAAAACGACGUCUCUCCCCCCAGAAGGCAGAGAAAGACGAAGAAAAGAACUUUUGUACUUCUUCAUGGAAAAAAGUCAAUAGUUAUGGUGGUGGUGUAGGACUAAAGCUGAAUACAAAAACAACCGCACUGAAACUAAAAGCAAUCGGAAGAAAAUUUGCAUAGUGCAGAUUUUCUAUUCAAAUAUAACAACGAAUUUUCAAUUCAACAGAGGGAGUGAGAUUUUCAUCUUUAAUAUACAAUUUAAACCUCUAAAAGAAUAAUUAAGAAAAGAAGAGCAGAGUAAAAAACAAUGUCAGCUGUUGAAAUAAUGCAGGAACAAAACAAUAAUGAGGACCAGAAAGCAUGUGGUUCUAGCGAUGGGUCACAAACCACACCAAAUGCACCUGUCACCACAUUACCCCCAUCAGAGGGUGCUAAAGAAGCGUCUCAGGAUGAAAUAAUUGCUUUAGCUGAUCAUUAUAAAAACCAGGGAAAUGAUUAUCUUAAGGAAAAGGAUUUUUCGAAAGCUAUUGAAAUGUACACCAAAGCCAUAGAAUUAAACCCCAAUAAUGCUAUUUACUAUGCCAAUCGUUCAUUGGCCCACUUAAGGCAGGAAAGUUUUGGAUUUGCUUUACAAGAUGGCAUUUCAGCUGUUAAGGCUGAUCCAACAUAUCUUAAAGGCUAUUAUCGCAGAGCGGCUGCUCAUAUGUCUUUGGGUAAAUUUAAACAAGCGCUUUCUGAUUAUGAAUAUGUAUCGAAAUGCCGUCCCAAUGAUAAAGAUGCCAAAUUGAAGUUUACAGAAUGUAAUAAAAUUGUAAAAAUGCGGGCAUUUGAAAGGGCCAUAGCAGUUGACAAGCCGGAGAAAACCCUAACUGAAAUGUUUAGAGAAUUUGAAAAUAUUGCAAUUGAGGAAGAUUACACGGGACCUAUGCUCAUAGAUGGAAAAGUUACUUUACAAUUUAUGUUAGAUUUAAUGGAAAAUUAUAAGCAACAAAAGAAAUUGCAUCGUAAAUUUGCUUAUAAGAUUCUUUGCGAUAUUGAUGCUUAUAUGCGUACCCAAGAUUCUAUGGUAGAUAUUACGGUACCCGGUGACUCCAAAUUCACAAUCUGUGGUGACAUUCACGGUCAAUUCUAUGACCUUAUGAAUAUCUUUGAAAUUAAUGGUCUGCCAUCGGAAACUAAUCCGUAUUUGUUCAAUGGUGAUUUUGUGGACAGAGGCUCAUUUUCAGUGGAAUGCAUAUUUACAUUAUUUGGUUUUAAAUUAUUAUAUCCCAAUCACUUUUAUCUUUCACGAGGUAACCAUGAAAGUAUAAACAUGAAUCAAAUGUAUGGCUUCACUGGCGAAGUCACAGCUAAGUAUACCAGCACAAUGGCUGAUAUGUUCACCCAAGCUUUUAAUUGGCUGCCACUGUGUCAUUGUAUUAACAAUAAGAUACUUGUCAUGCAUGGCGGUCUCUUCUCUAGCGACGAUGUGACUUUGAAGGAUUUGCGACGCAUUGAUCGUAAUUGUCAGCCACCUGAGGAUGGUUUAAUGUGUGAACUGCUAUGGUCCGAUCCCCAACCAUGGGAAGGCAGGGGUCCUUCAAAACGCGGCGUUGGUAUACAAUUUGGUCCCGAUGUAACUGAGGCUUUCUGCAAACGCAAUAAUUUAGACUAUAUUGUACGAUCGCAUGAGGUGAAAAAUAUGGGCUAUGAAGUAACACAUGAUGGCAAGUGUAUAACGGUAUUUUCAGCACCCAAUUAUUGCGAUGCCAUGGGUAAUCAGGGUGCAUUUAUUACAAUUAAGGGCAAUGAUUUAACACCCAAAUUCACAUCGUUCAAAUCUGUGCCUCAUCCCGAUGUCAAACCCAUGGCAUAUGCAAAUAGACUAAUGAGUUUAUUGGCGUAGUCAUUUUAGUCUUGUUGUUAUCUUCUCUUCUCUACGGCUCUAAUGUUUUCCAAAAACAAACCGAUUUGUAAAACAUACGCGCUAAUGUAAUUUUAUACAAUAAAGAUAAACAAAUCAUGCAACAGCAGCAUAGCAAGUCACGCAAGGAUGUAACAUCCUCGAAAAAACUUGUUUCUCUAUCUCCCGCCCUCUUACUUGUCCCUCUCAACUACACUAGCAGUCAGAACAGCAGCGACGGCAGCAAUAACAGCUAUUUUAACAACAUAGCAAAAGCAACCAGAAGAUUGGUAGUUUACAACGCAAGCUUUACAUCAACUAUGAACAAACUUAACAGCAUACAACAAUCCCGGCAACAGAACAAGUUAUUUAGUCAUCCGAACUUUGCAAUCAGAAGAAAACAAAAAAAUUAUAAAUAAUAUUCUUUAUAAUCAAAAGAACAAAAAAAAGAAAAGGAAAUUGUUUAAACAUUUACAUAACUUUAAUUACUCGAUAAGAUUUUGUUUCUAUUUUCUUGUUUGAUUUGUUUGUUGACUUUUUACAAAAGCGUAUUAUUUUAAGCAUGUUUUUUUCUUCAUGGUAUAUUUUAAAAAUAGAAGUCGAAGCAAAUUUUUAUUUGAUGCCAUUACUUUUUGUUGUAAUCUAUUUUAUACUCCUUUUUAAAGUUUUUUUUUUUAAUUAAAAAAAAUAUUUUCUCAAUAAAAAAUAAAUUGUACACAUUUUCUGGGAAAUAAAACAAUAUUCUCCUAUUUGGCUGUAAAUAAAUAAUUCACCAUUCACAAAAGCUAUUUUAUAUUUAUACAUAUAAAAUGUGGUAUCAAAAAGAAAGCAUAACCCUAUUUCUGACCCUUCACAAUCAUGUCUCAUUAACAAAACCGAAAACAAGUACUAUCCCAUUUAAGGUAUUAUGCAUAUAUAUAUACACACACAUAAUAUAUAUACAUAUGAUGAACAAUAAACAAAAAAGAACAUCUUAAAAUAUUUUUAUCGUAAGAAAGAAAAGACAUUUAUUAAAUAAAAUGAAGAGAUUUAGUCAAUAAAGAAUUACAAAUAUCUUCUGUAAGAAAAGGAAUAUUUUAAUUUAUAAAGCAUAUAUACCUGCGUACAUUCAAAAUAAAACUACAAACAGCAAAUAUAGAGCAAUUACUAAAGUGUAACAAAACGAAAUGUGUAACACAGAAAAUACCAUCAACAUCAUCAUCAUACUAUGUGAGAGUAAAUCCAAAAAUAUGUAUUUAAUAAAUAAAGAAAAAUUUUUAUGAAAUGAAAA